CACUUCAUUUAGGACGUCUCCUCCUCCUGACCACAGCGUACAGAGCUUGACGGGAGCUUUUUUGUUUGGGCAACGACAAGUAAGUUGUGGUUGCAGAGCGGUGGUGCUUUACUUUCUAUCAGUAACGUUACAUGCAUGAACAUAGCUCGACAAGUCCUGAAUUGCUCCAAGUUUGCAUUUCAUUCAUCUACGAUAUACUGCAGGAGAAGGUUUUGUACUUCACAGCAAAUAAUGACAUCCAGACACACACACUCCAAAAGAAUCCAGGGACUGGACAAGAAUGUCUGGGUGGCGUUUACGUCAGUGGCAGCAGACCCAUCCAUUGUUAACCUGGGCCAAGGCUAUCCAGACAUCCCUCCCCCUUCUUAUGUCAAGGAGGCACUAGCAGAGGCUGCAUCAGUGGACAGGAUGAACCAGUACACCAGAGGCUUUGGUCAUCCAUCUUUGGUAAAGGCCCUUUCUCAGGUUUAUGGGAAGGUCUAUGGGCGCCAGAUUGACCCCUUCAAAGAAAUCCUGGUCACAGUAGGAGGAUAUGGUUCCUUAUUCAGCACCAUGCAAGGACUGGUGGAAGAGGGAGAUGAGGUCAUUAUAAUAGAACCUUUCUUUGAUUGUUACGUACCAAUGGUGCGCAUGGCAGGGGCCAAGCCUGUGUUAAUACCGUUACGCCUUAAGUCUGGAAAUAUGACAAUCACCAGUGCCAACUGGUUUCUCGACCCAGAUGAGCUUUCCAGUAAAUUCAACUCUAAGACAAAGGCCAUUAUCAUCAACACACCCAACAAUCCCAUUGGGAAGGUUUUCUCCAGAGAUGAGCUGCAGAUGAUUGCCGACCUCUGUAUUAAACAUGACACACUGUGCUUCAGUGAUGAGGUUUAUGAGUGGCUUGUCUACAGAGGACACCAACACAUCAAAAUUGCCACUCUGCCUGGAAUGUGGGAUAGGACAAUCACUAUCGGCAGUGCAGGGAAAACAUUUAGUGUUACUGGAUGGAAGCUUGGUUGGUCUAUUGGACCUGAGCACUUGAUAAAGCAUCUUCAGACCGUCAUGCAGAAUACUCUGUACACCUGCCCAACACCUUUACAGGAGGCUGUGGCGCAAGGUUUGCUGCGAAACGUUGAGCUGAUGGAUCAGCCCGAGUGCUACUUCUCCUCCCUGGCAGAAGAACUCGAGGGCAAGAGGGACAGAAUGGCUGCCAUCCUGCAAGAGGCUGGAAUGACUCCCGUCAUUCCAGAGGGAGGCUACUUCAUGCUUGCGGACGUCACAUCUCUCAAUCAGGACCUGUCACAUAUGGUUGGGGAUGAUGCUUACGACUACAAGUUUGUGCAGUGGAUGAUUAAAGAAAAGAAAUUGGCAGCCAUUCCAGUCACAGCAUUUGUUGGAGAUGAGUCCAAGAAGCAGUUUGAGAAAUAUAUUCGCCUUUGCUUCAUAAAGCAAGAUAGUACUCUAGACGCAGCAGAGACCAUCUUGAAAAACUGGAAGAAGAUGUAAAGGGAUGCAGUGUCUGAAGAGUUGAGCACGAUUUCAGGGAGGAGCAACAACUCUUGAUUACUAUAGGACAGCUGAAGAUGUAACAUGGGAGAGGGAGGGGGGUAUGGCGUGCUGCAAAGGGCUGCAGGUGGGAGCUGAAUCUGUGGCCCCUGUGACAAGGACUGAGCAUUUGUAUAUGGGGUGCACGGUCUACACGGUUAACCAUCCAGGCGCUCCAAGGCAAUGCGAUUUGACUGUAAAAUAGCACACUAAAAACCGUUAAAAUGUAGGUACGCCCUAAUUGAUCAGCUGCCGAUUGUUAUCAGCUGAUAUUCAGUACGCAAUCAGGAGAUCGGCAAUAAUGCUUAGCAUUUUUUUAUUUAGUAUGUAGAUAGGUGCACCUAAUGUGGAACCAAAGUGGACAAGCACAAAUUCCAAUCAGACAAUUAUAUUAAUUGCAAUUAAUUGCCAUUAGCAACAUGUACUGAGGUUAGCACAGCAUGAGGGUUGCUGAGCUAGUCAGUCCCACUGAAGGAUGAAACCGCUGUAAGACCUGGCUGCAGUUUCCUGGUCUGAUUACAACCCUGUGUUGGCAGCGCCACACUCUUGUAGUGAAUGGAAACACAUUCAUCGCACUAAUGCACAUUGUACUCU